AUGGCGAAAUGCUUCCUGCUGCUCGCCUUCUUGGCGUUUCUCCUGCCGGCGGCCUAUGCGACGUGCCACCCUGACGACCUUCAAGCGCCGCGGGGCUUCGCCGGGAAGUUGACACUACUCGAGGGCCUCACCGUUGUCGAUCGUUCACUAGGUAUUGCUUUCUCUAACUUGCUAUUUGUUAGAUCUGGAAGUGGCAACAUUGUAUCUGGGAGCGGCAACACUGUUGUAUCUGGGGACAACAACAAUGUUUCUGGGAGCAACAACACAGUCACAUCUGGGAGCAGCAAUGUCAUACUUGACACCAACCAUGUCGUAAUUGGGAGCAACAAUACUGUAUCCGGCAAUAACAAUAGGGUAACUGGGAACAAUAAUGUUGUAUCCGGGAGCAACCAAGUCGUGUCCGGGGACAACAAAGUCGUAACUGGCUAA